AUGCCGGUCGUGGAAGAGUUGCGUGCGGACGACGCGGGUGCCACAUGCCCGGCGGGGGACGCUGCUGUAGCGCGUGCGUGCGCGGUUGACGUGGCGGAGUGUGAGCGGCUGAAGAAGCGGGGCAACGAGCUGUUUGCAGGUGGGAAUGUGGCGGAGGCUUUGGAGAUGUACCGUGAGGCGCUGAAGGUGGCGCCGCUCAAACCCGUCCGAAAGGAAUCGGCGCCAGAAGCGGGGAAGGAGGUCCAGGGCGAAGAGAAACCCUCCGCUUCUGGGACACAGGCGAACUCGCCCCCCGCAGAGGAAGGCGGCGGCGGCAGCACCGCAUGCGAUGGGAACGAUACCAAGGCGGAUGCGUCCAGGGCAGCGGCAGCAGCAGCAGCAGACGACGACGACGGUGUCGACUACACGCUCACCUCGCAGGUUUACUGCAACGCUGGAUUGUGUUUGACGAAGCUUGAAUUCUACGAGGAUGCGGUGUCCAAUUUUUCAGAGGCCAUACGGCACAAUGGUCUGUACGCCAAGGCAUUUUUUCGGCGGGCGGAGUGCUACUACGUGCUUAACAAAUGGUCCAACGCAUAUGGGGACUAUGAGGAGUACGAAAAACAGGGCGGAGUGUUGGACGUGGAGGGUUGUGCCCACAAGGCGGCCGCAAAGGCGAAGGUGGAUGAGGAGAUGAAGAAGAUGCUUGGGGACUUGAAGGAUUUGGGAAAUCGUUUCCUCAACUACUUUGGGUUGUCGACUGACAAUUUUAAAUUUGAAAAGGACCCGAAUAGCGGCGGGUACUCAAUGCGCUUUGAAAAGUGA